ACUCUCAUCGUGACAGACUGAGGUCUCUUAUCUUUCUGUUGUGGAUCUUGUCAUCGAAACACAUCUGUUUCUGAAACAAGGCAGAAGUGCGCCGGUCUAACCAGAGUCUAAUACUAUUAAGGAGUUUAACGGGUAUCCAGUUGGAAAACGAACGCCUCUAAGCAGUGUGUCGCAGCUGGUUGAACUAACAACGUCCAUCGAGACCUUCCUAGUUCGAUAAGAAAUGACCGGAGGUGGGACCAACAUGGCGUAUCACGGCCUCAGUCAACAUGUCAAUUUCGACGUGGUGCCGGAUCCCGGUGAACGUUUUCGAUUGGAAGAAUUGAUCGGCGAGGGUACUUAUGGCGAGGUGUACGCCGCUUACGAUAAAGAAACUGGUAACAAGGUAGCCGUGAAAAUAUUGGAGAACGUCGCCGACAAUAUCGAGGAAAUCGAGGAAGAGUAUCUGGUGCUGAGAGAUCUGAGCCUACACCCGAACAUUCCUCUCUUCCAUGGUUUGUUUCUAAAGCGUGCAAAGCCUGGUCAGGAAGAGGACCAAUUAUGGUUCGUGAUGGAGCUGUGCACCGGAGGCUCCGUGACCGAUCUCGUGCAGGGUGUGAAAAAACGCGGCAUUCGUCUAACGGACGACCAAAUAGCUUACAUCUUGAAGGAAACCGUGGAGGCUCUGAUCUUUUUGCACAGCAAUCACUGCAUGCAUCGUGACGUGAAGGGUCACAACAUCCUGCUCACCGAAGAAGCGCGUGUCAAAUUGGUCGAUUUCGGCGUGUCCUCGCAUCUGGCCGCGACUCUCGCCAGGAAAAACACAUCUGUCGGGACACCGUACUGGAUGGCGCCAGAGGUGAUAGCUUGCGAGCAGCAAUUGGACUCCUCGUACGAUUCGCGUUGCGAUGUCUGGUCGAUCGGUAUCACCGCCAUCGAAUUAGCCGAGGGUGACCCUCCAUUGUCGGAAUUGCAUCCCAUGCGAGCGCUCUUUCAAAUUCCGAGAAAUCCUCCGCCCUCCCUGAAGAAUCCGGACAUCUACUCGCCGGAACUGAAGGAUUUCAUAGCCGAAUGCUUGGUGAAGGAUCUCGAGCAUCGGCCGUUCGCGAGCGAAUUGAAGGAGCAUCCGCUAUUGUCGAACGUGGAGCCGAUCGUGGGGAAGAUCAGGGAGCAAUUGAGAGAAGAGAUACGUAGACAGAGAGCGGAGGGUCGAGUACAUCGGCAGCCCGAAGUGACUACGAAACACGGCAAAUUGAAGACGGACCGCAAGACGAGACCGGAGAAGAUGUACAUGGACGAUCUCGCGGCACUCGACAUGCUGUCGGAAGAAGCUAUUGUCGAUCAAUUGCAGCACCGAUACGAGCAAACGCAGAUAUACACAUACAUCGGCGAUAUACUGGUUGCCGUUAAUCCUUUCACUAAUCUCGGCUUAUACACCGGUAUUGAGCAAAAACGAUACAAAGGUCAAGCGAGAUCGGAUAAUCCUCCGCAUAUAUUCGCGGUCGCCGAUGCCGCGUAUCAAGCACUGCUUCAUCAACGUCAGAAUCAGGCGAUAGUUAUUAGCGGUGAAUCAGGCGCCGGAAAGACGGAGAGCGCGAAUUUAUUACUGAAACAGCUUGUAUACCUCAGCAAGGCGCCAAAUCGCAACCUCGAGGAGAGGAUACUUCAGAUAAAUCCUAUAAUGGAGGCUUUCGGAAACGCCACGACUGGUAUAAACGCAAAUUCCUCGAGAUUUGGCAAGUAUCUGGAUCUGACAAUGACGAAGGGCGGAAAGGUGACCGGUGCGAGAAUCGCGGUAUAUCUGUUGGAGCAAUCACGUGUGAUCGCUCAAGCCGAGGGAGAGCGAAACUUUCACGUCUUCUAUUAUAUGUACGACGGUUUGGAGGCGGACAAUCGCCUCUCGGAAUUUUAUCUCGAUCCUACGCUUCGAAGGUAUCAUCGAUAUCUCACGCAUUACAGUCACACGUCGCAGACGCACAUCGACAAAUUCCAGCAACUCAAGAUGGGUUUCAAGGUGCUCGGGUUUCAGGACAGCGAGGUAGACACGGUGUAUCGAGUUUUAGCCGCUAUACUCCAUCUGGGUGACAUUGAAUUCGCUGAGGUGGCAAGUCAAGAUAAUACCGACAAUAAGAGCCGAGUCAUCGACACUAUUCCGUUACACAGAGUCUCGAAACUACUCGGCGUCGAACAAAACGAUCUCCUGGAGGCCCUGACAUCAAACUCGGUAAUGACCAGAGGCGAGACAAUUACGCGGAACAAUACGGUUGCCGAGGCUCGUGCGGCUCGCGACGCAAUGGCCAAGGGUCUCUACGGUCGACUCUUCGAUUGGAUGGUCAACCAGAUCAAUUGUUUGCUGUGCUUCAGCCGCUCGCCGAAUUACGAGCCGUUGGCGAUCGGGCUGCUCGACAUCUUCGGCUUCGAGAACUUUCCCAGAAACUCGUUCGAGCAGCUCUGCAUCAACAUCGCCAACGAGCAGAUACAAUACUACUUCAAUCAACAUAUCUUCACUUGGGAGCAACAGGAAUACAUGGCCGAGGGAAUACCCGUGGAUCUCGUCGAGUUCUCCGACAACAGGCCGGUUCUCGACAUGUUACUUAGCAAGCCCAUGGGACUCUUGGCGCUCCUGGACGAAGAGAGUCGAUUUCCCAGAGCAACUAAUCGAUCCCUGAUCGAAAAAUUCCACAACAACAUCAAGUCCAAGUUCUACGUACGUCCCAAAUCGGACGCGGUCUGUUUCGCGAUCCAUCAUUUUGCCGGACGUGUCGUGUAUCAAGCCGAAGGAUUCCUCGAGAAGAACAGAAACUUCCUGCCGCCCGAAGUCAUUCAACUGGUACGACAGUCGCAAUACGACAUGGUUCGUUUCCUGUUCCAAUGCCCGAUCACGAAAACCGGUAACCUGUACUCGGCGUUGCAGGAGAAUGACUCGCGAAAAUCGCACUCGAACCAGAACACAAAAGAACGUUAUUCUAGUCGAGGUUUAGCCUCACAAUCCAGAGCUCAGCAGACAGUAUCGACAUACUUUCGAUACUCUCUGAUGGAUUUAUUACAAAAAAUGGUGUCCGGCUCGCCUCAAUUCGUUCGAUGUAUAAAGCCAAAUGAUUCGCGGAGUCCGCGAUUUUUCGACAAGGACAAGGUCGUGAAACAGCUGAGAUAUACCGGUGUCCUCGAAACGAUACGUAUACGACAAAACGGAUUUUCUCAUAGAAUACCAUUCAACGAAUUUCUUAAAAGAUAUUGCUUCCUCGCUUUCGGCUACGACGAACGCGUGAUUGCCAGUCGGGAUAAUUGUCGACUUCUUCUGAUACGCUUAAAAAUGGACGGAUGGGCGUUGGGCAAGACGAAAGUCUUCCUAAAAUAUUAUCACGUCGAAUUCCUUUCAAAGCAGUACGAGGAACAACUGAGAAAAAUCAUUAUGGUCCAAGCGUGCGUUCGACGAUGGCUCGCAAAGAUAAGAUUUAAAAAACAAAAGUGGCAAUUCGCUGUGUCCGUUGUAACGUUACAACGCCAUAUCCGAGGCUGGUUAUCCCGAAAACGAACGAAAGAAAUGAUGGCUGAAAAACGCUCGAAGGAAGAAAGUACAACGUUCGAUUUUAUGGCGAAUGAAACAAAAUAUAAAGCGGAAAAUAUGGAGAUCAAUAAUCGCGAGAAACAACAAGUAUGUAAAAAUCUGAAAAAGGAUGACGCCGCGAUUAUCAUACAAAGUCAUUUUCGAGGCUAUACCAUCCGCAAACGCUUUGGAUACGAACUGGAGGAACGUUUCAAGAGGAUUUUAAACAAUUACGACAACAUAUACGACGGCCACAAGGCGUUAUUGCGCGAAGGAUUAAAACACGAAGACGCAGCUCUUAUCGUUCAAAGAUGGUACAAAAAGGAGGAGAGAAUCGCCAAAAAGAAACCGCUCCCGAAAGAUCCCAUACAUCCUAAAUUACGACAAGCGGAUCUAAUUCAGUUCUCUCAAAAUGUACACAUGAAAAAUCAAGAAGUGCACAAAAAUCUGCGUCGCAACAAGCCCGGUGUCAGAUUAAGCGACAUCGAGGAACCGCCUUUGGAUUAUAUUCGGCCCGAGGGAUUUAAUAUGGUACAGCCAAUCUUGCAUUAUCGUACUGGAACGCAGCCGGAUGAGGAGGACAGCGUCAAGUAUUAUCGAGAUCUAAAGGAAGAAAUGAGCAGUGGUUCGGAAUUCGAAGACGACGAAGUUGGCUGGGACUUACCGUUGAUACAGCUAGAAAAUGACCUUCACACAUUGUCGAGGAAGCGAAGUGGCCAGAUUCUGGAUGUAAAUGCCGAGAGACGAGAUCGCGCAGCUCAGGGCGAUUUUGUAGUAGCGCCGGAGCAACAUCUGUCAAACAUUUGGCACAAAGCCCUGAGACAUCCAUCCGAUCAACGCGAGAACGAGAGCUCCAAGAAAAGUGUCAAUACAAGGAUUAAUGAACUGCAUAACCACAAUCUGCAAUCAUCCGCAAAUGAACAACGCGCAAUCGGUUCUUCGCAUAUCCACGAUCCAUCUGGCCUACGAAUCGCAAUCGACAAUCGAUGCAAUACCGUAAACGAACAACAUAAUGCCCUUAAUGGACAGAAUCUUGUUAACCAUAAUUUUGUUAACGAGCGCCAUACGUCGAUUAACGACUGUAAUUACCAACAUCCCUCUAAAAUAAAUAAUGAUAACGUUGCAACGAAUCAAAUAAAGAUCUUGAAUACAGAGCAGUUAACCAACGGUUUAUCGAGUCAAAACAAGACGGAAAAGUCGUCGGAUCGAUCGGAUCAUCAUAAGCAGAAUGGUUACCCAAUGAAAAAUCAUCAAAACAAUGUGAAUCGUAAGAAUGGUAUUAAUCGGUUAGCAAAUGGAAAAUCCACGGACCAGAAACAACUCCAAAAGGACAAUUUCAAUAUCGCCGCAAAUCUCAGACAACUUUUAAGGCCGACUGUGAUCGAGAAACGACAGGAGAACACCAAGGUCGAUACGGAGGACAUUAAUGGCCCUUACAAUUUCAGACAGCUGCUAAGACCGACCGAAUAUCUUCCGACAGAAUCCUUAAGAAAGAGGAAAGGAGGACUCGUUUCUAACGGAGUGUCACUGCCGAAAGACAAAGUUCCAGAGAAACACGUUAAGAGAAGAGCGCCGUUGGCACCGGCCCAGAAUAGACUGGUUAACGGAAAGAAGUGAUGUUAUUUUGUAUUAUUCAAUAGAACAGUAUUCGUUUUUUUUUCCCCGAGAGAUAUUUGACUUUGCGAAAGAUGAAUGAACAUCAUCCAACGUAUAAAUCGUGAUUAACUAACUGUAAAAUAUAGAAAAUUUCUUUUGUUCAACCUCCUCUCGUCAUGUAUAUACAAGUUAAGAGAAGUUGCAUUAUUAUUGCCAUGAAAAAAAAUGUAAUUUAGAUCUUGUUAUAAUAUAUAGAAAAUAAUAGUUGAAUAAUAUAUAAAUGCAAUGCGCGUAGAGUAUAAUUUCGAUAAUACAUUAUUAUUGAACCAGAAGUAGGAUAAUAUACAAUAUAUGCAUGCGAGAUUCGAUGCAAUAUCUAGCAUAACACGCGAAUUAUACAUAAGAUGCAAAUAAUCCCCAACGGAAAUAUUAGUACUUUACAUGCAGCAAUAUAUAUUAUAAUGCAUUCGUGGCAUGGAAUUGCUCGAUCCUUUUAAAUGUAGAGAAGAUAAAGAAAGAGUUCCACAUUUACAUAUAAAUAUAUAUAUUUUUUUUCCUUUUCGUAUAAAAGUGCAAUAUUGUGUACUGUGUAAAGUUGUUGCGUGAUUUUAAAGUCUGAACAGUUUUCUUUAGACUUAAUCACGAUAUGCAAUCGCAUUGAAUAAUGUCGUGUAAUAGUAAGAACGAAAUAUUUCACAAUUGGUCCAUUUUGAAAAGAUACUCGUCUCAUAUCGAAUGCUUAGUAGAGAUCGCUAGUUUUAUCAUAAACGUAUUUAUAUGCUGCAAAGUGUUAUAUUUUAAUGCGGAAACAUGUUCAACAAAUUGUAUUAUGAGACAGAAUAUUUUUAAAAAAUUCUCUAAUAUAAUUUACGUCUUAUCCCUUGUUACAAAAAUAUGUACAAGAGUUAGCACGCGUCUAGUACUAGUCAUGUCUAGCUUUAUUCAAGUCGUAAGCGUUUAUUAUUGCUGUAGAGAGAAGAAAAUAAACUAUGCUUAUAUUAAAUAGUUA